UUCCUCCUGUCUGCCAAGGUCAUUCCCACAUACCAUUACCAUAGUUUAAUUACCACUUGUUGACAAAUAACCUUUUUUGUCUUAAGGUAAGGUAACAUUCACUCCAUGGUGUGCUUUUAGUGAGCAGGUUUCACAUUGCAAAGAGUGGGAUGGAGGUGUUCUGGCACAAUUAAUACUUUUAGAGAACUUAUUGACAGGGGUGUCCACGACAACCAUAGUAUCACAGGGCAAGUACAAAAGGAACAGUUGGUGUCAUGACACACAUUUUGUCAUUUGUCGUCCUCCCCAUGGAUGCCCAUACUUAUUGAUAGUUUUCAAAUUCAACUAGAUUAUGUUGAUCCAUUUUUCCAAACAUUUUCUAAGCUCUCCUACCAAAACCAUGUAUUGAAAAUCAAAUCAUUUCUCCUCCUUCCUAAACAGGUUACAAUGAAAGCCAAGCAGAUUAAAGAUUCAGUUACAUGUGCUCCAGGUACUAUUAAAUUCUCAGAGUUGAAAACUUUGGCCCAAAGCUCAAGAUCCAACAAGGCCAAUGUUAACUUACCUGAUCUUAUAAUCACUCAACGGGAAAAAGAGGAAGAGGAGCAGGAGGAAAGAACGAAAUACAGUUAUGAUCCAGAAAUGAUAAAUAAGAUCACAACAGAUGAACAAGAGACUGGGUUAAAUGAAGCCAGACAUCGCAAGCGGAAAACAAUGCCAAAGGCUGCUGAAACAAUAGUCCCAGGGACAAAAGAGACAACGGAGGACAAGUGUAGAGGGAAGCGCCAGAAGGACUUUGACACUGCAGAACAAGAGGAAUAUAGUGAUGAUGAGGCCAGAAGAAAAGAGAGGUGUCGCAGUUCAGAUGACUUGUGGACUCAGAAUCAACAGAAGCUUCUAGAGCUGGCUUUACAACAGUAUCCAAAGGGAACGCUGGAACGUUGGGAUAAGAUUGCCAAAUGUGUUCCGGGAAAAAGCAAGGAAGAAUGUAUGACUAGAUACAAGCUGUUGGUUGAACUUAUACAAAAGAAAAAAAUGGCAAAAAGCUGAAUAUUUUGAAGAAUGUUACUCAUCAAAAUGAAAUACGUUAAACAUCAUAUGCAGUGACUUGUAUUUUUGUACCUCAGUAUUUCAGUAUGUCAUGUGCCUUAGUAAAAAUCUGUAAAUUUUACACCUUCAAUUUGAAAUAUGUGUUAAUAGAAUCAAUGUAUUUUUGUACAGGAGAUUUUUCUUGACAGUGUGAUAAUUGGUAUUAUAAGAAAUUAUGUUACUUGGAAUACAUAUUGGAAUAACUGGGCGAUAUCUUUUAAUAUAAAGUCAUGUUGAAGGAUGGGAAACAUGGUGUCCUCUAAGUAUUUUGCCUUUCAGUUUUCAUUAAUAACAUUCAGGCCCUAAGGAUAUUGCAUUUUCUGUUUUAUUAUCAUGCAACAUUGGCACUACAUUCAGCCUAUUCCAGUGGAUCAUGCAGAGGUAGGGACAUGCACAAUUUUGUCAAUUCUGAAAUAGAACACUCCACAGAACUUCAGACAGCUCCAUUCUCAGAUCAACAAAUUUGGCAUAUCCCAAUGUAGGAACUACUGUUGCUAUGGAGAUUUAUGGAGAAUCAGCCAAUGGGAACUGAAUUCCUCAUUUUGUUCUAUUUGCCUGCAUUUCACCAUGGAUCCUGAUAAUACUUAUCUUCAGACUUCCUGUUCAAUAGAGCAAAUUCUAAUAUAUUUAUUGCCUUACAUUAUAAUACUUGGUCCUCCAGUUAAUACUGGACUGCAGUCACUUCCCCAUAAAUGACCUUGCUGCCUCAAACUUAUGGGAACUGGAAGUCAGUUUACGAGCAUCCCCUUAGGAGAAAAUUAUUUUAAUUAUAAAAAAUACAACGGGUGUUUUUUAUAGUUAAAAUGUAUAGGUAAGUCCUAAUCAGCAAAUGCAUCAAAAGUGGGAAUAUUUUUUCUAUGGGGCUAUAUUAACUCAAGAUGUAAUUCAUUAGAUGUCAGACUUUCAGGCACUCCUACACUCUAUAUGUGGAUGCGGCCACAGCUCAAAAAUAUAUAUUCCAGUUAUGGAGUAUGAAUGAGAGAAAACAUUUGAAUUUGUAGACCAGGCUCUGUUUGCUGACAGUUGGUGCUCCUGAUGAAGGCAAGCCUUCAUUUCAAGCAGGGAAAAUUCCAGUAUACCAGAAUUCUCGUUUUUCAGCCUUGGGGGGAACAGUGGACUUAUAUAAGGGACGAAACUGUUGCUUUCAACUUGAAAUGUUUACCCAUUUCAUACCUUCUCAUGCUGGGGUGGGCUGGAGGUGUCAAUCUGACUUUAAAAAAAAGGUGCUAAAAUAUGUAAUGUUGCUCAAGGUUUAAGAAAUCAAUUUUACCCCUAUUUUCUUUGUGGUGAGAGGGGGUGGGGGGUUGCUGCCAUGCGCAGCACAUUUUCUCUUCCAGCUAGGGUAAAGUAUGUGCAAGUUCUUCCUUUCAGGUGAAAGGAUAUCAAAUACUGUGAAAUGACCCUUUUCUCAAGAAAGAUGACUCACGUCAAGGCACCUUUUGCUGCUGUAGGAACUGGACUUUCCAUUCCAGCUUUAUAUUUUAUAGGCAUUUGUUAGCUAUAAAUUAUUCUAUAAAUUAGAAUAAACCUGUUUAAAUUCCACUUAAAACAUUACAAUUUGAGCAUCUAUCAGUAUGCAUUAAGAGUAUGUUUGUAAUGGGACUUAGGUUUCAUACAUAUGAAUAUAACUGAACACAAUGACUAAUACAUUCCCUUGAUGAAGUCUGUAUCUUUCAUGGCAAUUUACAACCAUAAACAAUAUUAAAAUUUAUUAACCAAAGCUUUGUACAUAUCUUUAUAUAAAUUGGCAAUUUUACAUCUAGGCAAAACAACAUUUUAUACAAAUUGUUACAGAAUAUUAAACAAGUGGUUUAAAUAAAUUAAACCACACUGAUUUACUUUAGUAAAUUUAUCUACAAAAGUGAUUUGUGACUUUAAAAAUUGCCAUUAAUAUAUAAAAAUAAAUUAUUUUUUACCUUUCAAUUAAAUCUACCAGUUAGAAAUUUUACAAAUCAAAAUAUCCACAUUUUAUGAAUUCUUCACAAUACAAAACAGUCACAAAAACUUAUUUACAGAAAUGAGGUAAGAACUGUGCAAUGUUUAACCGAACAAUAUUGCAGAAACAAUAGGUUCUUCCAAUUAAGUACACAGUGAAGGUCUAAGUAUACUUGAGUAUUUUCCACUAAUAACUCACACAAACUCAAAUUAGUGGCUAGCAACUCUCAAAACUAUCUCCUGCUUUACUGCAUAGUCAUAUCAUGAAAUUAACUCUUCAAAGUGAAAUACGUCUUUUUCACCCGUUAACAUUUUAUAGGAAUGGAAAACCUCUCCCCCCUCCCUUUUUUUUUUUUUUU